CUCUCUCUCCUCUCUAUUUAUCUUCUCUUUCUAUCUUUCUUCCGUCGUCUUUUGUUUUUGUUCUCUCUCUGUAGAAUCUCCGGAGCUACCACAACAACGAAUAACCUUCGCUUUGCUCUUUCUUCCACCAUCUCAGGAGGGAGAGGUUUGACGAAUAGAAAAUCAGAAUGGCAGAGAGUGUUGGUGAAGUUUGUGGAGUGGGAAGAUCAGUAGAGGAGAGCUCAAAUGGAGGAGAAGCAGUCUCUAAGUGGAGGUCUUCUGGUCAAGUUGAGAAUGGGACGCCGUCUACAUCUCCUCCCUCUUACUGGGACACCGAUGAUGAUGAUGAUCAAGAUUACGGCCUUAAACCCUCUCAGUUAUUUGGGAAACAUACUUGGAAGAUACCUAAAUUCUCAGAAAUCAACAAAAGGGAGCUCCGUAGCAGUGUUUUUGAUGCUGGCGGCUACAAAUGGUAUAUUUUAAUUUAUCCACAAGGAUGUGAUGUUUGCAAUCAUCUUUCCUUGUUUCUCUGUGUUGCAAAUCAUGAGAAACUUCUUCCAGGCUGGAGUCAUUUCGCUCAGUUCACUAUAGCUGUGGUGAAUAAAGAUUCAAAGAAAUCCAAGUUUUCAGAUACGCUGCAUCGGUUUUGGAAGAAAGAGCAUGAUUGGGGAUGGAAAAAGUUUAUGGAGUUACCAAAGUUACAUGAAGGGUUCAUAGAUGAUUCUGACUCUCUUACGAUUGAGGCUCAAGUUCAGGUGAUCAGGGAGAGAGUGGACCGACCUUUUCGCUGCCUUCAUUGCGGUUAUAGGAGAGAGCUGGUUAGGGUGUAUUUUAAUAACGUAGAGCAACAUUGCCGACGUUUUGUCGAAGAGAAAAGAAGCAAGCUUGGGAGGUUGAUAGAGGACAAGGCAAGAUGGACGAGCUUCGGUGUUUUCUGGUUAGGGAUGGACCAAAACUGUAGGCGUCGGAUGUCUAGAGAGAAAAUGGACGUUAUACUAAAAGGAGUUGUAAAACACUUUUUCAUAGAGAAGGAAGUUACAUCCACUUUGGUGAUGGAUUCCUUGUAUAGUGGAUUAAAGGCUCUUCAAGGCCAAGCUAAAAACAAGAAAGCUAGGCCAAGUUUGUUAGAUGCCAAGGAAUUGCCAGCUCCGAUUGUUAAUGUGGACAAAGAUAUGUUCGUAUUAGUUGAUGAUGUGCUGUUGCUCCUAGAGAGAGCUGCUCUAGAACCAUUGCCUACACAUGAGGAUAAAAGUCCCCAAAACCGUACAAAGGAUGCCAAUGAUGGAGAAGAGGUCAACAAUGAAGUCGUUGAGCGUGAUGAGAGACGUUUAACUGAGUUGGGUAGACGAACCGUGGAGAUUUAUGUUCUAACCCAUAUCUUCAGCAGCAAAAUCGAGGUUGCAUAUCAAGAAGCUAUUGCGCUAAAAAGGCAGGAAGAACUGAUUCGUGAGGAAGAGGAAGCGUGGUUAGCAGAAACAGAACAGAGGGCCAAAAAAGGAACAGCAGAGAGGGAGAAGAAAUCUAAAAAGAAACAGGCGAAACAGAAACGGAACAAAAAUAAAGGGAAGGACAAAAGGAAGGAAGAAAAGGUGACCGUUGCAACACAUGAAAAGGAUCUUAAGGAGAACCAACAUGAAGAGGAAGAAAAGGAUUCUGUCACCGAGAAAGCACAAUCCUCAGCUGAAAAGACUGAUAUUCUUGGAGAUGUGUCAGACGUAUCUGAUUCUGCGGAUGGUUCAGUCGACAUUCUUCACCCUGAUUUAGAAGAUGGAGACAGUAGCUCGCUUCAUUGGGAUGCUGACACCUUGGAAGCUCAUCCUCCUCCAUCAGGAGGGAGCGACAUUUCCAUAUCCACACCCAAUGGAAUUGGAGAAAGAAAGAAUCAGUACACAGUGGAUGAUAGUUCCUCAACUUGUUCUAAUGAUUCUAUCCGGUCAGGGGUUACCAAUGGCAAUGGGUCAUACAAAGGGAAUGCCUUGAAUUUCCGAGACCAGAAGUCACCAAAUACAGGAACGAACCACCAAGCAAAAGUGAAAUCUGAAUCCCGGAGCUUAGUGAAUGAAGCAGAUGACCAACCUUCAACACUUGGAACAGAAUCAAAGAGUCAAAGUUCGCCAUCCGAAUCUGAUUGGGUUGUUGUCUCCCGCAUCCAGGAGCCAGAUAGCUCUCGGAAUCGUAGUCCCGUUAGGAAGGAACGCAACGUCGCUCCAAUCAUUGUGAACUCGGUUGACAUGGAUCGACUAAAAGUGAAAAGCGCUGCUGUACUUUCUUCUCCCAGAACUGCUGCCAAGAAUCCUUCACCAUUAACUCAGACAAAGCCAGAGAAAAAGAGCGUUUCAAACGCAGACCCUGCUCCAAAUAGGAAAGCAAUGUCAGCUCAUGGGCCACCUUCAUCAAGUCAAGUAGUGCGGCCUUCUUCAGAUAUUCAGUCACAAACCAUUGGUCUGAGAUCUGAUAUGCAAAAGAUGUCUGCUCCAAAACCGUCUGCAACAACAACAGCAACUAUAUCAAGACCUUCUAGUGCUCCAAUUAUCCCGGCGAUGCAACCUGCCCCUAUCAUCUCCUCCUCUUCGGUUCAAUCAACAUCAUUCCUUCCUCGGUCGGUUAGCUCAGCUGGUCGUCUAGGUCCCGACUCUUCGGUACACAACCAACAAACUUACAUUCCUCAGUCUUAUAAGCAUGCCAUAGUCGGUAACUCUCCCGGUUCAGCAUCUAGUUUCAUCCACCACUCAAGCUCUCAUGGAGUUGUCCCAACCACAUUGCCAUCAUCAUCUUACUCACAAACACCGACAUUAUCUCAUCAGUCAAGCUUCCCUUUCAGUCAAGAUGCGCUUAUGUGGGCAGGAAGGAGUUCAAAUUCUUUAAACAUGGGCAUGAACAGCCCUUACACACAAACCAUGACUAACAACAGAUCUGUAAGCCACAUUGAUGUUGAGAUUGCGCGACAACAACAACCACAAAGCUUGAUGACCGACGAGUUCCCUCACCUUGACAUCAUCAACGACCUGCUCGAAGACGAAAGCUGCAGCAACAUGGCGUUCAAUGGAAGCAUAUACAAUUCACAACCGCAGCUUUUCAACAGCCAAUACGCUUACCAUAAUAACGGUGGUGGUGAUCUAGGCAUCUCAGGUGAGUUUAUGUCUAGUGGCAGGUCCAGGAGUUUCGGAGAUGAAGGAUUCCAUUACAUGCCACGUGUCUCUGCAGCCGGACCAUACGGUGCGGAUGGUUUGAUGCCGCCGACGCAGUGGCAAAUGGCGAACAUGGACUUGUCUUUAUUAGCUAUGAGGAACAGUAACUUGGAAGAUACAGCACCAACAUACCAUCACAACACAUAUCAGAGUUUUUCGCCUGGGAUUAAUGGCUACACUGAGUACAGACCUUCGUCUAAUGGCCACUGAGUGACGAGGAAAUGAAGCAAAUGAAAUUUGGGAUUUGUAAUGUUUUUUAAUCAAAAAAAGAAAAAGAAAAAGAAAUUACGAUUACAGUUUGUGUAAAGAGAGUUUCUCUUCUCUACGUUUCAAAUGAAUUUACUUUUCUUUUUUAAUAUAAGAUAGUUUUCAACAUUCUUCUAUAGACAAACUUUUGCUUCCUACAAUUGUGGUAUGAAUAAUAAUAGUGAAUUCUGUUUUAA